AUGUCUUCAGAAAAAAAUGAGCCUAGUAUUAAAAAUCGGGAACUUGCAGCCAAAUUUGGAAUUAGCGAAUCUUCUUGUAGUGAGAUUUUAGCAAAGUCAGACCACUGGUUAUCUAUUAAUCUAACUUCUAAUAGCGCAAAUAAUAAACAGAACAAAAGACCUGUUUUUGUAAAUGUUGAGUCAGCCGUUGCACUUUGGGUUGAACAUGUGAUAGGAAAUAAGCAAACCUUAACUGGUUAUCUUAUUCAAAAUAAGGCAAAAGAAUUCGCUCAAUUACUAAAUGAAGAUAAGUUUAAUGCAUCAAAUAGAUGGUUGCAUAAUUUUAAACAAAGGCACAAUAUUCGUGAAUACAAAUGUCAAAGUGAAGCUGAUAGUGCACCUUUAGACAAAUUACCUGAAUUUAGAAAUAAAUUACAAAGUAUUAUUCAACCAUAUCAGCUUGAUAAUAUUUUUAAUUACGAUGAAACUAGUUUAUAUUAUAGAUUGGAACCAUCUCGCCAAGUACAGACGUUAUCUUAUUCAAAACCAAAUGAAGUUUCAGAUGAAACAAUUAGAAAUUGUUGGCAUAAGACUGGAAUUCUUCCAGUUAAAUUAGACAAUAAUGACUUACCAUUAGAUGACUAUCACUAUGAUGAAUAUUAUAGUGAUCAAUUAGAAAUCGAUAAUGAAUUAUCUACAACUGCAAUUCCAUCAAAUCAAGAAAUCAUUGCUGCACUUCAGGAAGAUGAUGAUGAUGAGAGUGAACCCCCAAUUCAAAUCUCACUUAAUACGGCAAUGGAAAGCUUGAAAAAUAUUAGAUUGUUUUUAGCUAAUCCACCAGAAAAUCUGCGCAUUGAAAAUGAAGAUUCAAAAAUCAAAGUUCAGUCUCACAAUAUAGCUUCCUCAUCAUACGCUUCUACUAAUACCGCAGUACCUACCAUAAAUUCUGAAGAUUCUUCUACCCAUUAUUGCUAUAGGCCUGAGUCCUCAAAAGUUAAGCGUGAAGAAACAAACCAGAAACUUACCAUGCAAAGAAUUAUCUUCGGCAUUCAUUUACCACUAAGACAUAUUAUGGAACAGGGUAUUGUGUCCAAGAUGCGACACUUGCCACCUUUACCAUCAUCUCAUUUUGGUCUAGAAAUAUUGAUGGGUAAAGAUGAAACGAUUGAUUUUGAAGAUUUUUUAAAUUGUACGGAUUAUUAA